GUAUCUUUGCGUUAUUAACUGUGUGGUAGUCUAAUUUCCAGGUUUCUAUCUGUUAUUGUGACUACUGCUAUGUCCAACUCCGCUGCUGAUGGCAUCGAACGCAAACCUGGAACUUUAUCCAAAACUUCAGUCUCAGGUGGAAAAUCUGUACGAAAACGUUCCACCGGUGAUCCACAAGGUGCUGGCGCCGUGGAUGAAGAUGUAUUCCGACAGUCCUUUAUACCGUCGAUGUCAAUCACUGCAUCUUCUCCCAAAGAACUUACCGAGAUCAUAAAUCGUAUAAAAGAUGCACUUUCUGGGAAUCCUGAAGAAUGGGAAAAACGUGUAGAUGCGUUAAAAACAUUACGUGCUAUAGUUGCCAAUGGUGCUCUGCAAUAUGAUGAAUUUAUUCCCUUAUUAAAAACUUUGGAAAAUUCCAUAGAUCUUUCCCUGCGUGAUUUAAGAUCUUCAGUUGUACGAGAAGCGUGUAUAACAGUCGCCUUUUUAUCUCAAGAAAUUCGUAAUCGUUUUGAUCGUUUCGCUGAGAGUGUUUUACAAACAAUUAUUGCGUUAUUAUCGAAUAGCGCUAAAGUUAUGGCAACCAGUGGAGUGGUUGCGAUGCGAUUUAUCUUAGAGAAUACAUGUUCUUCUCGUCUUCUCCCCAUUCUCAUUUCUUCAUUAUCAUCCAAGUCUAAUGUUACCAGAAAAUGCAUUUGUGAAUUCUUAGAAAUCAUUUUUCGAACUUGGCCAUUAAAUAUUCUUGAAAAAAAUCUCUCUGUAUUACAAGAUGCACUAAGGCGAGGUAUUUCAGAUGCAGAUCAGGAAGCUCGAUUAUUUACUAGACGUUCAUUCCCAUUAUUUGUUGCUAAAUUUCCUGAGCAAGCGAAUUUAUUUUUACAAAAUCUUGAUCCUCAAAAACGUAAACUAAUUGAAAAAGAUUUGAUCGCUGCAGGAUUAUCAGAAGGGAUUGGUGCUGGUGACACUGCGACAACUGGAUCAUCUCGGAGUCAACCUGGUAGUCAGUCAAAUUUAACUUAUCAAAGUACUAAACGACCAAGUCGACCUGCAUUAGGCACCAGUUCAUUAGCCAAUAAUACAAAUCGCAGUCGUCCACCAUUAACUAGUCAGAAUGAGUAUAAUACCGUUGGUCGUUCUUUCCGUCAAGGAUCAAUUGCUUCAAAUUACGACGGUCGUCCACGUCAGAUUGGGAGAAAACUUGUAUCACAGUCACAGCCUACAAGUCGUGAAGUUUCACCAUCACGUCUAGCCUAUUUCACUGCCUAUGGUACUACUACAUCUAAUAAUAAUGAUGGACAUAAAUUACAAUUCAAUACAAAUAAUACUAAUCGUAAUGGUACAAUAGGAUUUGUAGAUAAUAAUAAUAAUACUACAGAACGUACUACACGUUUAAUCAUGAAUUCACGUGUUCCACGUAGUCAAGGCGCUAGUCGAGAAACAUCACCGACAAGAUCUACUGCAAGCGGUUAUACUAUGCCUUCAUAUCAGCAUAAUAAUAGUUUUCAAUUAACUGGUACAAAUCAAAUUGGACAAAUGAAUUAUCGGAGACAACAACAGCAAAGACCAUCUCUUGGCACUCUGAGUGAUUGUGCGGACCUCGGCGAUGGACCUUUAUAUGGUCGACAUUACUCAACUGGAAACAAUCGUGGUCCAUAUGGUUCAGAUGAUAACUUCAGUGAAACAUCAUCACAGUGUUCUGAACGUUCAGGUCGUUCAGUACCCGGGUAUCGGCGCCAGUCCUCAAGUAAAGUGACUAGUAAUUUAAAAGAAAUCAUUUCUCAACUUCAAGCUGUUCAAUGGUCUGACAGAAAAGACGGCUUAACAAAUUUACAGAAUUAUAUGCGUUCCGGUUAUCCGUUAAAUCCUGAAGAUAUUCACAGUUUAACUGAAAUAUUUUCUAAAAUGUUUGCGGAUUCUCAAAGUAAAGUUGUUAGUUUAUUUAUGGAUACAUUACAAUUCUUUAUUAAAGAAUAUAAUCCAUUACUCCGUGAUUGGCUUUACACUCUAUUAAUACGUUUGUUAUAUCGUCAAAGUCAUGAGGCCUUGAGCAGUCAUCAGAAAGCUAUACAAGAAACACUUUUUGUUCUCAGAUCUCACUUUCCUUUGAAUUCGCAAUUCAAUAGUUGCUGUCAUUUUAUUAUGGAUAAUGCACAUACACCGAAUUUUCGUGUUAAAACUUGUCUAUUAGAAUACAUGAAAGAUCUAAUUUUAAUGAUGAGUCCAGAUUUAAUUGCUAAUCCAUCAAAUGAAGUUAUUAAUGCAAUUGGAAAAAUUAUCAGCUGGUCUGCUGAACCAAAAUCAGCCGAUGUUCGACGAAUGGCUUCCCGUGUUGUUAUCAAAUUGUUCGAUUUGAAUUCGACAAGUUUUUCUAACUUAUUACAAUCACUGCCUCGUGGAGUACAAGAUCGUGCACAUGAAGUAUUAAAAACCUAUCAAAAGACUGCUACAGGUGGUGGUCUAAUCAAUUUAACCGACACUAAUCACAAUUCUCCUGCAUGGAAAUCAUCUUCAGGAUCAUUGAGGAAAUAUUCUCUGCCUGUAACAUCAGCAGGUCGAAGUCCUAUGACUAGAUCUGCUGAUCAAGAUCAUAUGAUUUUUUCACCACCAAGUAGUGGACGAUAUGGAUCAAUCUCUGGACCAUAUUAUUCUUCACAACGUUCUCAUAACUCUACUGGCAGUGACAGUGGUCGAGUAAGCCCUGAAAGUAUGAAUCGUAUUAUUCGUGAAACAACCGAUGGCCUUCAAUCACUUUCAGUUGGUGCGAGUGGGGGUGGUAUUCCAACUUCAGCAAUAACAAGUCCUACACGUAGAGUAUCCGCUGAUCCCAGCUUUACAACUAACGAUUAUACAUAUGCUACAAAUGGUAAUACAGGUGUAUUACGUACUGUUCAACCAAAUAAUUUCCUUAAUUCACAACCAACAUCAUUACAGCCACCUAAUAUUAUUCCAUCUAAUGUAAAUCAAUCUUAUGCUUCCCCACAAGGUACUACUGCUUCUAAUGAUCCAACACUUCAGUCUACAUAUGGAUUACGUACAAAUAAAGCUCUUUUAAAUACACUUAUCAAUUAUGAUCCUGGUGAUGAAAUGCCCCCAGAAGAUAUCAUGUCUGAAAUACUCCAGGAAUUAUCGAAUCACAAUGAACGCUAUGAACAAAGAAAGACAUGUAUGUUAAAACUUAUCAAAUUAUUACGUGAUGGUGUUAUCAGUAAUUGGGAUGAAUAUUUCAAGCCAACUUUGUUAAUUCUCCUAGAAACAUUAGGUGAUGAUGGACAUGAAACAAGAGCACUUGCACUUCGUGUACUUCAAGAAUUAGUACGAGCUAAACCGGAAUUAUUUCAUGAUUUUGCUUAUUUAUUUGUUAUUAAAGUACUUGAAGCCUGUCGAGAUAGUGAAAAAUCUGUUAUUCGAGCUGCAGAAGAUUGCGCCAAUACAGUAGCACAAAAUCUUCCACAAGAACUAUGUCUCAAUGUAUUGACACCGCUAAUAAAUGAUUCACAACUACACAUUAAUUUACCAGCAAUAAAAAUGCAAAUGCAAGUUAUACAAAAUUCUUCACCGGAAUUAGUACAUGAAUUUAUUAAUGCAUUAAUUCCUGGACUUGUAAUUGCUUGUAAUCAUGAAGAGAGUGCCAUUCGUAAGGCCAGUGUAUUUUGUCUAGUUGCAAUAGCUAUGAAACUUGGUGAUGAUAUCUGGAGUUAUUUAACUGAAUUAAACGCUGGCAAAAAACGCCUCUUGAAGCUCUAUAUUGACCGUCAACAAAGUUCAGCCACAUCUGAAGAUUCAAUUACAACCAGAAGUUGAUCCAAUCAUCAUCCAUUACUGUUUGUUAAAAAAUAAUCCCAGUUAUAAAUCAUAUAUAUGUGUGUAUACCAAUCAUCUGUAUGAAACCAACUGUUUGUCUCUUUCUGCCUCUCUUAUUUUCCGUCAUGACCAUCUACUGUCGUCGUGAUUAUCACUAUUAGUGGUGAUGAUGUCAGACGUUUCUACUAAUCAAUAUCAUAAGAAUCUGUCUAUUUCCUUCUACACAUUUACAAAUAACAAAAGAAAACCAUUUUCUAAUAAACUUCUUCCUCCCAUAGUCAGAAAUGCAUGCAGAUGAAAUAUAGAGAGUGGCAUUUUAUUUGGAGAUUACAUAAUACUUACGCUAUUUGUUUCCCAUCUAAUUCACUGUUGUUAAAUUAAGUUAAUUAGUGAAUUAAUUUUUGUCAUGUUUCUUUUUCUCACAUCAUUUUAGUCAGAUUUUCAUUUUUACUUGUCUUGUUGGGCGGUUUUUCUCUGUUUUUGUUUUAAUUCCAUGAACAACUUCAUCGAAAUGUUGUGUUCCGUUUUUGUUGUUGUUGUUGUUGUUGUUGUUGUUGUUACUACUACCGAUAUAUGAUUUCUUUUUGUCUACCACACUAUUCUUACAACCCGGUCGAAUCGAUUAAUGGUCAUCAAAUUAUUUAUAUAACUGCAAAAUGAUCGAAUGUAAGAAGCUAACUAAUUUUACUUCUUACUACUGCUCCAUCAACACGCACAUACACAUAACAAUGAGAGAGAGUAUAUGUUUCGAAAGAUUACGACUGGCAUACUAAUCUUCAAUGCAUCAAUAGACUGACUAUUCUAGUUAACCGAACAAUAAAAAUCAAAUUUUUAGCAUUGAAAUAUGAAAUAACUAAUUUACUGUAGCUUAACGUCUCGGUUUUUAUUCUGCUUUAAGUAAAUACACAAUCUAUCUAAACGUAAUUAGAUACUUUAAAAGUGUACACUUGUUACUCUCUCUCUCCCUCAUAUCCUUCAUGUGCCUCUUUUCUCCAGAAAAAUAAUAGUCAAGUGUGUAAUUUAUUUCCUCUAACACGUGUAAACAUGUUCAUUUGAUUAUUUUCAUUAUUUCUCUUUGCCAUAUAUAAAUUGAGCCUUCUCUUUUUACAAAAUUUUCAUAUUUCUAUUUUGAUCUAACUCUGCGUAUACAUACACACUAUUCUCCACUACGAGUACGACUACGACUAGUACCUCGCAUAUAUCACAUAAACAUUUUCUGUUUGUUUUUUCUAAAAUAAAUAUUUUAUUUUGUGAAUAGUAAUAUAUAAAUUACUAACUUUUACUUCCUUUCCCCUUAUGAUUAUCAUCAUCACUUUUUCUAUUACAAUAAAAUAAUCCAAUAGUUCUACUUUGAACCAACACCUUCAUUAUCUUUGCUCUUUCUUUACUCUUCUUCAUUUUGGAUGAUUGAACAAUUUUAACUUUCAGGUUAUCAGUUACCUCUUAUUUGAUUCGUAUCUAAAACACAAAUAUUCUAAAAACUUAACUUUUUUCCUUAAAGAAAAAAAAAACAUACUAUUCGAGGUCACAAAAAAAAACUUUGCGGUACUUCAUCCUUUAACUAACAUACACACAUCGUUUCUAUUUCAUUUAAUUUUUCUAUUGUUUCGUUUUGUCUAUAACGAAAGUAAACGAAAUAGAUUUAUCAUUUUGUGUAUGUAUGUAUUUUUUUGUUUAAAGGCUCUCUCUCUUGCUACCCCCUACCCUCCACUUUUUCUGACAUUCGUCUAGUUUUUUUUUCUUUUUGCCCAUUUGUUGUGUGUAUUCUACUGGAUGCCAUGGUUUAAUGCUUAUAUUGGAUGUAUGUAUAUGUCAAAGAGUUUUUUUUCUCUUGCUUAUCGUGUAAGUGAUUAUAAAGGGAAAGAUGAGAAAAGUAUUGUGAUGUUAUUAUUUUUGUUGUUUGUACUCUGAGAGAGAGACAGAGAGUAUUAGUGAUAUAAAGCACGCUUUUUUAGACCACUACAUUCAUCCAUGUAUGCGCCGCUAUAUGUUGUUGUGUUUUCUUCGAGCAAUAAGAGUAGACUGUGUGUGCACGGGAGAUUGUGUUUUUAUACUGACUACUGUUUCCACUGUUUUAUGUUGUAUGGAUAAAUGUGUAUGUACAGAAACUGUUUUCACAUUUUGCUCUCCUUUUUCUCAGCUUCUAGAGAGUUUGGUUACAUUGUUUCUAUCUCUUCUGUGUACGGUUUAAUCAUCGGUAUUUCAGUUGACCAUAAAUAAUUUGUGAUAAUAAUUAUUAAUAAUAAUAUUAUUAUUGGUAAAUGUUUUCGUUCUGUGAUAAAUAAUUAACGAUGCAUAUUUAUAUCAAGCACAGGUUUUUUAUAUAACAUUUUGUGCUUAAUAGCUAGUGAUACCAGGUAUACUAAUAUCAACUUAAUCGUUGUACAGUAUAAUAUAAUAAUAGUGACUGUAAUAUUAUAAUGACAUUAGACUCAGUCUCACGGAAAGCGUCAGUUCUCCGGAGAGUCUAGGUACAUCUUAUUACACCAACUAGUGGUACGAAUGCAACCUAAAUUCGACUGGCACUAAGGAUUAACCAACUAUGAAAUUGUU